CCGCUACAGAAGAGAGCAGAAGCGAGCAAAAAGCUGCGAAACUCUGCUGUGUUUGAGAGAGAGAGAGAGAGAGAGAGAGAGUGAGAGCGCUUUCCUUCGAGGAAACGUUAGUUAUAGCGAAGAGGGGAAAAGGAAGAGAGAGAGAGAGAGACAGAGAGAGAGAGAGGAAACCCUAGUUGUCCUCUUGCUCAUCGUCGUCUUCUUCUUGUUCGUAAAGCUAACCCUACCGCUGCAAAUUGUACUCUGACGAGCUAGGGUUUUGGUAACCCUUUCACCCCCGCGCUCGAUCCCCUUGCCGCUUCGCGGUUUCCCCGCUACCGGAGCCGAGUGCCUGGGGAUUCGCGCUCGCGGUGCUCGGGCUUGUGGAUUGAGGAGGAAGUGGCGGCCCCCCCGCAGGGGGGACGGGGGGAGGGGGAGGAGGGGGCGCGGGGAGCUCGGUGGAGGAGAUCGGGAGCUGCUGUGGUGUGGGAAUGGUGAGUUGGGAACUCUCUUUGGUGUUUGCGAGAGAGAAUUGGUUGUUUGGUCAUGGCAUCGGAAUUGCUAGAUAGCUCAUUCUGGGUGCAAGAUUACAACUUCACGGGAUUUGUGGUUUGUGACGGAGGAGGAGACUAGUAAGUUUUCCGUUAAAGGGGGCUGAUUCGUGCGGUUGCGAAAGAUGCCACCAUCACACCAAUUGAAGUUCUCCCCCAGUAGGGAUCGCAGGCCGGCGACUACGCAUAGGAGGGGUCUCAGCUUUGAGAGUGGACUGGCCGUUAAGGCAAAAGAUGAUGAUCUUGCCUUGUUCACCGAUAUGCAGAAUCGAGAAAGGAGUAACUUCUUGCUCCACACAUCAGAUGAUUUUGAUGAGUCCAUAUCGAAACUGAGAUACUUUUCGGAUUUCAAGCUUGGCAUCAAUAUUCCAGCUCGAGGAGAUAGGAAUGAUCUGCUUAAUGCAGAUGGUGAUAAAAAUGACUAUGACUGGCUUUUGACUCCCCCUGAUACUCCACUCUUUCCUUCGUUGGAUGAUGAAGAGCCCCGAUCAGUUAGCCAGCUCCCUAGGGGCAGGCUACGAAGUCAACCUAUACCGCUUUCAAGCUCAUCUACAAUUGAGAAGGGUCAUAGGACAAGUAGGAGCAGCACAAGUCCACGCAGACUAAGCCCAUCUCCAUGCUCUAAUAGUAGUGUAGUAAAUCCAGGAACAAGACCAUCUUCAUCUUCUCGCUCUAGCCCGUCUCCCUCUGUACGAGCAUCGACACCAUCACGAAGACCUUCCACUCCCCCAACUAAGUCGUCAACACCAAGGUCUUCAACUCCCACUUUACGCAUUUCAAGCACCAGUUCAACUGGUCAAGCACUUUCCUCUGGGAAAAGAGGAACCUCCCCCAUAAAAGCUAGUCGUGGAAAUUCUGCUUCACCAAAAUUUCAAAGUUGGCAAUCAAGUCUUCCUCAUUUCUCCUCAGAUGCACCACUAAAUCUUCGAACUGUUCUUCCAGACCGGCCUGUAUCACGUUCAAGGGGUUUGUCCCCUGCAUCUGGAAGUGGGACAGGUUCGAGUUCAAAAUUUAGAAGACAGUCGAUGUCGCCAACUCCAUCUAGAACUAGAAGUGCCAGCUCAUCACAUAGUCUUGAGCGAGACCGUUUAAGUUCGCAUAGUAGAGCUUCUGUCACAUCCUCUGGUGAUGAUGAAGUGGACUCUCUGCACUCUGUUCCCGUGGAAAUUUCUAGCAACCAUUCUACAAGAAAAAUUGCUGUUCAGAUGCAUAGCAGAGCAGCUGUACUAUCAUCAAAACCGACAAGAAACUCUUCUGCUAGUUCCGCACCAAAAAGUUCUUUCGAUUCUGCACUUAGACUGAUGGAACAAAGAAAAGCUCCUCAAAAUAUGUUCAGGCCACUUUUAUCUAGCGUUCCUGCCACUACAUUUGGUGUUGGGAAAACAGAUACUAUGCAGCAUCCUUUGUUCUCAAAGAACUCGUCAUUCACAGCAAACAGCACUGCUAGCGCUGAUCAUGGUCCUGCCGUCACUCCUUAUAUUGAACAUGGUUGGGAAAAGACAGAAGAUCCUGAUAUCCAAGAGGAAGUAUUUAUCUUUGACAAGGUGGAUGAGCUUAAUAAUGAACAUACAAAUCGCAGUAUCUCUACAGUAAAGACUCUAAACAGCAUGGAAACAGACAAAUUAGAAGACCAGGAAAAUGCUGCAGUUGAUGUUGAUCAAGUAACAGCCACUGAAGUUGAUAUCUGCGGAAAAACAGUAACUUGCUCUAUAUGUAGAAAAAAAUUUAGCAUUGUGGAAAUGUAUGGUGAUACAAAUGUUUGUCAAGAAUGUUCUGAGAAGGGUGGAGUCGUUGCUGCGGAACCUGAUGCCACUUCACUUAUUAAUAAGAAUGCGAUAAUUCAAUCCGAAUUGCCAUCUGUACUUGAAAGAUCCAGUGAAGUGCAACUUCCACCAGUUCUCGAAUCCUCAGCAAGAGAUAGCAAUGAUGCUUUUAUUGAGCAUCGGGAAAGGAACAGUGAAUUGUCAACUGUACUUCUAUCCAAAAGCAGUUCAUCGGAAUUUAAAGAGGGGCAAUUAGAUGGGCAGAUUGUAGAUGAAAUCCCACAAAUUAACUUUGGUUCUGGACCACAAAGUCAGAGCAAAGUGACUAGUUCCGAACCUCAGGAUGGUGGCAGAAUCCAACAGAUAGAACCGACUACACGUACAAGCGAGCAAAACCUUUUGGAAAACCUAAUGAAGAGCCAAACUGAUAUUGGUGGUAAAGGUAUCUCGGAACUUCUAAUGCAACGCUCAAGCAGCAGCAAGUGGCCUAGUUUUCAAGGAAGGGCUUUUGUUGCCACAAAUUUACCUUUUUCUGAGUCCUAUGUGAGAAAUAACAGGACUGUCAUGAAGCGCAGCAUAGAGCAUGGCAGUUCUUCAGCUUCAUCUUCUGUCGAUUUGGGAUCAUUUAAGCAGACAGAAGUUUGGGUUCAUCACCAUACACAACAGAGAAACUAUUUAAGUGGUCAAAGCACCAGUUCAGUGUCAGAUAUGUCGAUUAGCAGUUCUUCUGCGCCAAUUUUCCCAAAAAGUGACAUCAAUGACGACUUUGAUUAUAUAGACGAUGUAGGAAAAAGGGCCUCAAAAAUGAGUAUGUUAUCAACUGAAGAACUUAAUGACACUUUUGGUAAUGCGGAGCUGAGUGCUCCAAAUUGUUCGUCUGUCGGAACAUUCGUUGUUGAUCAAGAAACAUCUGCUUCUGAGGAUGCUUGUAUGAAUCUGAACGUGUCUGACUCACAAAUAAGUCAACCAGCACCAGAUAAUAUGGUUUUUGAUGACCAAACUACGUGCAGUAUUGUUAAUCAAGAUGUUUUAUGUAACACGAGAUCUCGGAAUCCAGAUAAAGAAGAAUCAAGUAUAAUCUCGCAACCUUCUUUCCUUGAGGAAGGUCGUUUACCAAGCACAAAACUGAAUCAUGACGAGGCAUCCUUCUCUUCCGUCGCUGUCCUAGAGCAAUUAAGUAAUCACAUCAUUCUUGAGAAUUCACAAGCAGAGCUUGAACAAUCACAGGAUUUCAGUAACGUGGAUAUGUCGCGUGAAAAUUGUGAUUCGACCACAUCCGAGAAGGAUGUGUUGCUUUCUGCAGAGGAAUCUAACAUUUCCAAGGCUCCUCACAACAUCAAUGAAGAGUCAACUACUAUGGCUGAAGGGCCGAGGAGACAAAUCCGGAGAAGCUUCACAUUGGAAGAAGCAACCGACACUGUACUCUUCUGCAGUUCUAUCAUUCACGAUCUUGCGUAUAAAGCUGCAACCAUUGGUAUGGAAAAGGAACUGACCUCACUGGAGGCUCCUCGCCCAACUGUUACUAUUCUAGGAAAGUUUACACAGGACAAUUUACACACAGAAUCCGCCAAAUGUGUCCCCAAAAACUGCGUGGUGAAAAGGAAAAGGUUGGAAACGGAUAUGAAAACACCAUCUUCGAAUUUACAAGAGAAUGCAGAGAAUUUGGUUUGUUCUGCGCCUUUCUCUAGUGAAGUUCCAAAGAAAGUUGACAGUAUGAAGCCCCCGAAGUUGGAAUCAAAAUGCAACUGUACAAUAAUGUAGGGAGUUUCUUCUUCGGCGAGAGUAUCAAAAUGCUUAUCUUUUAAGAAUUUCGACGCUGGAAUCAAUGAUUAGGGGGAGAGGUGUUACUAUUGCCUUUUGAUUGUACCUGCUGAUGCUCUUUUUUCCCUCCUCUUUUGGUUUUCUGGGUUUCAGAGGACACUUGUGCAGUUUGAGCUAUUCUUUUGUAAAUUCUUUUUCUUGUUUCUUCAGCUAUUGAUUGUAAUGUAGCUUUUACUAGCUUUAAAUUUCACGAUUGCCAUGUUAAGUUCAUUUUUGAUUUUUGAUCC